GUGGCGCCAAAUAUUUAAAAAAAUAUUUUCCGAAAAAAAAAACUAUAACGCUAUGUGAAAUAUUUCACAAAAUAUAUUUUAGUUCGAUUUUCUAUACCUAAUAUUCUAAUCAAAAUAAAUUUAGAUUAGUAUAAAUAAUAAAUACAUAAAAAACGUACAUCUAAACGUCAAAAUUAUUGAGGUUAUGUUACUUUAAGAAAUUAUACAAAUUAAAAUUUAAUUAAUCAAAAAAUGUAUGUAUGAAACUAUUAAAAAUGUGUUCAACAACGGUUAUAAAAGGAGAAAAGGCUUCAAAAUCUACGGAAGAAGAUGCAGAAGCGAAUUUCAGAAUAUACGGUAUUAUCUCUUAUUUCGUAGUAUUAGUUGUUAUAGGAUUACCGAUAUGGUGGUAUACUACAAGAGUAUAUAGAGCGACACUACCUCUUGUACAAAUGCAAGACGUGGAGCUUAAAAACACGCAAAAUGACUACGGGAUGCCUUUAAGUCUAGAAUACGACAUACUAGUAUCAUUCGUACAUCCAGAUCCGUUUAACCCUACAAUAGACUUACGUGGUGUUGAAAUCGAAGAACAUUUAAGACCAUUUUUGGAUAAAAUAUCGCCCGUAUCGGAUUUUAUCGUUAAAUCCCAGUGGUUGUUUCUUUUAGAUUUGGGCGUAACUCCCUCAAAAACUGAACAAUAUUUAGUGUUGAAGGAAGAACAAUUACCGCAUAUUAUUACGCCGUUAGAAAGUAAAUUGUGGUCUCAUAUAUCUCCAAGACCGACGAUAAAUCUAGUUCUUUAUUUUGCUAGAUGUGAUGAUCUUCCUUUGUAUAUAUUCGGUAGUGAUGAUAAAAAAGUGGAAAGUAAUGCGUUUCUUAGUGCUCGUUGGGGUGGAUUUUACAUAAUUAAUGCCGAUAAAACGUCGUGUGAGAAGGGGGUUUUUAAACCUGAUGUAAAUGCAGUGACAUCAACUUUUAUUACACAUAUACAGAGAUUAUUCAAAAUUGAUAACAUUACAGACACAGAUAACAUUUACGAAUUAAAAAUGCGUAAAGCGACCGAAAUGGUAGAUUCCACAAAGAGAACUUUGAAAUCCCUUGCUGGGUUGUUGUCCGAAAUAAAGAGUAUCGUUAUAAGCGACGACGUAGGGAAUAAAAUAAGAGUGGCCGUGGAAAACGCUGAUUUAGCGCAAAAGUUUUUGGCACAAGGGGACGUCGAUGAAGGUUUAAAAUUUGCCAAAAUCGCAUUUUCGCAUUCAGAACGAGCUUUCAGCGAUCCCUCUUUAUUAUCACUCUUGUAUUUUCCAGAAGAUCAAAAGUACGCUGUAUACAUUCCCUUAUUUUUGCCUAUAAUGAUUCCAGUUAUUAUGUCGCUAUCGACACUUAGAAAAUGGAUUAUGGUAAGAAAGAAGAAAAUUGAUUAAAAAUGACCGAGUUGUAGGGUAUUUUUUUGUUUAAAACCCGUUUUUUUUUCUUGAAUUUUGUAAUAAUUAACAAAUAUAAAGGGAAAAUAUAACUAUAAAAUUGAAAAA